AUGCCCGCUCGUGAUGCCGUUGUCCUCACGAACGGACCAACUUGGGACGUAAAAUCAGGGCGUAAAGAUGGCCGAGUUUCGUUGGCAACCAACGUUGAUCUUCGGUCUCAAGCUACCUCCAUUAUCUCUCUGCCCAAUUUUUUCGCUGCUCACGGAUUUAACACCGAAGAUUUCGUUGCUCUCCUUGGAGGGCAUACGAUUGGAACCGCAGCGUGUAAGUUCAUCAUUGAGCGGAUAUUCAGCAUCAACGGAAGCGUCAUUGAUUUGACUAUCGACCCUCUAUUCUUGGCGCAGUUGCAGAGUUCAUGUCCCAUAAAUGGAGACGGUUCGAGCCGCGUGGCUCUCGACACCGGAAGUGAACUCGUCUUCGACACUUCCAUUUUCAAGAAUAUACUCAAUGGUCAUGCAGUCCUCAAGACUGACCAGAGUCUUUUUAGCAUUUCCGACGACAUUGUAAAGACACUGAUAAAUCUCACACAAAAACAGAGAUUUCGAAAAGCAUUUGCGACGGUAAUGCCCAGGAUGAGUGAAAUCAGGGUGAAAACAGGGGUAAAUGGGGAAAUUCGUAAAAACUGUUCUAAGGUUAACUAA